UUUCUGAAAACCGCCUUUCCGUCAAACGAAUAUUCAACUGCGUUUUAUUUUAUUUCGGAAUAAGUGGAAUGUAGUUUUCGCGAACGUAUGAUAUCUAUUGCAAGUUAUUAACGUGUACAUGGCUUAAUUUCUAUCUUCUCUACACUACUGUCGCAAGGUAACUUUUGUUACAUGGACGAGCAAAUGAUGGAGGGAUCUGCAAACACCGUGGUUGUCACGGGCCUGGAGCACAACAUCAAAAAGUCGAAUAUGGAGAAGAAAUUCAAGAAAGUCGGACACAUACUGGGAAGCGACUUGAGGCAAGAUAGGGGUAUCGGUAUUGUGGUGUUCAAAACCCCAGAGGAGGCACAGAGGGCAAUACAGUUCAGCGAACAUGAGGGAAAUGACGGUCAAAUGCGGGUUCAGUCUGCAGAGACAUACUACAGGGAGCAGACCAAGGAAAGCGACGGAGACUUGAAGGAACUGGUGAAUAAGGCUAAAAAGUAUUACACUACACUGCCACGAACGAAAGAAACGAUACAGUUCGAGAGUAACAGGGCGUGGCAAGUGUGGACGACGGAAGACGUGAGGACCCGGGGUGGAGGAGGUGGGAUGGGGGGUCAGGGUGGAGGGAUAGGGAUCUUUAAGGGCCAGGACGGCCAGCCCGGUGGGAGCGGACCAGGUGGCAAAGGUGGCACCGGAGGAAAAGGAGGUGGGAUGGGAGGUCAGGGUGGAGGGAUGGGGAUCUUUAAGGGUCAGGACGGCCGGCCCGGUGGUAGCGGACCCAGAGGCAAAGGUGACGCCGGGGGAAAAGGAGGUGGGAUGGGGAGUCGGGGAGGAGGGGUGGUGAUGUUUCAAGGCCAAGAUGGACAGCCCGGUGAGAGCGGACCCGGAGGCAAAGGUGGUGAAGGGGGAAAAGGAGGUGGGAUGGGGGGUCAGGGUGGAGGGAUUGGGAUUGUUAAAGGCCAAGAUGGGCAGCCCGGUGGGAGCGGACCCGGUGGCAAAGGUGGUGAAGGGGGAAAAGGAGGUGGGAUGGAUGGUCAGGGUGGAGGGAUAGGGAUGGUUAAGGGUCAGCACGGGCAGCCCGUUGAAAGCGGACCCGGUGGCGAAGGUGGCGAUGUUGUAAGCCGAGGUGGAGAAGGGGGUAAGGGUGGAAGCGGAUUUUUUGGGCUAUUUAAAGGCGAGGACGGAAAACCGGGGGAACCUGGACCGAAUGGACGAGGAGGGAGGGGAGGAGGAAGCUCCAAGUAGGAAUAAGGAACAUGUCUAGUUUCAUUAUACAUUGUAAUAUGGAAAAAAAUAUUGUGACAAUUAUAAAAAAAAUUGCGUUUGGACACAACUGUUUUGUUGAUGUUGGAAUUGUUUGUUGCUUGCAAUAAAAUAUGUUCUUAAGGUCCCCUUUUAUAGUUAAAGAGUGUUAAGCACAUUUAUUUUAAACUGAAUAGACGUGUUUAUGAUGCGUAAUAGCAUCUUAAGAAAUGUCAUAACACGAGUACAAUUUAUGUUCCUCAUAUGCAACUAUAUACAAAAUACAAAUUAUCAUAAUCAAUAAUUCUAUAUACCAUUGUUAUCGCGAAAUAUGUUAAUUAUAAAUGUAAUCGCCACAGAUGCUUAUAAUAAAUAUAUUAAAA